GCCCCCUGGGUAGUCGACCAAUGAGAGCGCAGAGCGGAGGGAGGGCGGUGCGUUUCAGCCAAUGGGAGCGCGGAGCGCGGGGCGGGGCCGGGCCGCCAAGAUGGCGUACCAGACGUUCCGGCAGGAGUACCUGCAGGUGCCGCCCGUGACCCGGGCCUACACCACGGCCUGCGUGCUCACCACCGCCGCCGUGCAAUUAGAACUUAUCACGCCCUUCCAGCUGUAUUUCAACCCUGAGUUAAUAUUUAAGCACUUUCAAAUAUGGAGGUUAAUCACAAACUACUUGUUCUUUGGACCAGUUGGCUUUAAUUUUUUAUUUAACAUGAUCUUUUUAUACCGCUACUGCCGCAUGCUCGAGGAAGGCUCUUUCCGGGGUCGGACGGCAGAUUUUGUAUUUAUGUUCCUUUUUGGAGGACUUUUAAUGACUCUUUUUGGGCUGUUUGUGAACCUGGUGUUCCUGGGGCAGGCGUUCACCAUCAUGCUGGUGUACGUCUGGAGCCGCAGGAAUCCCUACGUCCGCAUGAACUUCUUCGGUCUCCUCAUCUUCCAAGCCCCAUUCCUGCCCUGGGUCUUGAUGGGCUUUUCUCUGCUUUUGGGGAACUCCAUCAUUGUGGAUCUCCUGGGCAUUGCUGUUGGGCAUAUAUAUUUUUUCUUAGAGGAUGUGUUUCCCAAUCAGCCCGGUGGUGGGAGGCUCCUGAGAACGCCGUCUGUCCUGAAAGCAAUAUUUGACACGCCGGAGGAUGACCCCAAUUACAACCCCUUGCCAGAGGAGCGGCCGGGGGGCUUUGCCUGGGGAGAGGGGCAGCGCCUCGGGGGAUAAUCAGAGCCCGUGCCUGGCCCAGCCACCCCGGAGAGACCAGCCUGGCUCCAGCCCCACGCCCACUGUCCUGGCCCAGCACACACAGGGCUCUCACAGCUCUAUGGUUUGCAACACAAGCACUUUAUGAAACGGCAGUCUCACCCGAGGCACUCCCAGCACCCUUCCCAGGCAGGGUAUUCAUUGUGCUGGACAUCACCUAAAUCCAGUGGAGCCAAAAAUUUAAAACUGGAAACUGUUUCCUGUUAACCUUGGUUAACAAGGCCACGCAAGUACUUGUUUAAAGUGAUUUCUAAAGCAUUUUUUUCAAGUUAUUUGAUACAUGAAAACUCUAUGGGAAACUUUACAGGGGACAAACCCAACUUUUUGGGUUUUAACUGAUUUUUUUAUUCUUGGAUAAAACAACUGCAAGAUGAUUGAAAGGCUAAGUCGCUAUUUCAAUGGCAAAAGGUUUUUUAAUCUGAGGUGCUGCUGUCUCCAGUCAUCUGUGAACUGCAGGGAACACAACACACAGCUUUUCACUCUGCCAGUUGGAUUUUUGAAAUGUUCUGCAGGCCAAGGCUACUUUUGGUGGGGUUUUUUCCCCCCAAGAUCUGUGUGUUCAGGUGCCCAUUUUUCAGACUGGUGGUUAAUUAAAUCGGUGUGCCUGCAAAAUCCACCCCCGUGUGCCCUCUGCUGUUACUGGAUGACCUGCAGCACUAGAGAAGGAAACUUACCUGGAGUCAGGACUCAAAAAUUAUGAUGAGUUGAAUAAAAUGUCUUGUGGA